GAUCACAAUAACAAAAGAAGACUGCUACCUUUCCAGACCUCUCUGUGUCUGAGAGCGGACUUCCCUGCUGCUGCGUUGACUCCGCUGCAGCUGCACUACCAUGUCAGCGGAGGACCAGAUCUUAGGUUUAUUUAUAAGGAGGGUAAAAAAACGGGAAGAUGCUCCUGGAGGGGAAACGUCACAUUUUCAUUUGGAGCGACCGUGUGGUGAAACCGUGAACGAGCCGGGGGAGAGGAAUAUGCGACACUUUCCAUCUGCACAGCCGGUCAGACCUGCGGAUCUUUAACGGAUAAACGUCCUGUACUUGGAUGGUGUGAUUUCUUUUUCUUUUCUCUCUUUACAAGCAGGAUUUUAUGAUCACACCACGUUUCAGCGGGAAUCUGUAUGAUCACUCCGUCACGCCACGCCGGCCGGAGCCCCCAUUACCGGCUUCUAUGGAUCAAGACUGACACUGACUGCCCCGCUUAAUAAUAACAAUAACCAUAAGAAAAGGCAUUGCUUUAAAGUUCAUACAAGUUUCAGAGAAAAAAAAGGGCAGACUUUGAAGCUGUGGUGCCAAGGUUAUACAUGAAAUAUAUCACAAGAAAGACAUAUUUAAUCUUUUUAUUUGUUCAGCUUAACUAUGGGCAGUAUUUUAGACAGUUUCUUAGGUAAAUGAGUUUAGGUUUGAACUGACUUUUGGUAAUGUUUAUAUCUUCAUUUAGCCUCAAAUGCCACACUAUAAAGUUAAUAUUCCAACACUGAUGAUGCCACCCUGGGAGCCCUUUUACAGAGGGGAGACUGGUGAAUGAGAGCGGGAUAUCUGCGUCUUUAACCGGAUACGGAGGACAAGGAAGAAGGACAAGCCAGCUUCUCUUUUUGGGUCGGUCCAAAAAAAAAAAAACAAUUUUCGCGUGUCCCUUGGACUCCUACACAAUGGGGAUUAUGGUUCAAGUUAUUCUUGGAAUGUUUCAAUUCCUGCUGCUCACCAGAAUACCAACGUCCCAUGCCAAGCUUGCUCACUGGCGACCUGCAGACACCCCCAAAUCCAGGGAAGCUCGAGAAGUGAGACGGUGGUUGGAGGUGUAUUCACGCAGCGGCUGUGAGCCUCGGGAAACUCUGGUGGAGGUUUGGCGGGAGUUACCAGAGGAGAUCCACCAUCUCUUCAUCCCAUCCUGUGUGUCUGUGAAGCGAUGUGGUGGCUGCUGUGCCGACGAGGCCUUGGAGUGCGUGCCCUCACUCACGCACACACUUACCAUGGAGCUGAUAAGGACGUCCUUCAUGAAGCAUGAGCUUGUUGAGCUGCCCUUCAUAGAGCACAGUCAGUGCGAGUGCAGGUUAAAAGAACAUUUCCAGCCAACACCAACUACAAGGCGCUAUCUGAAGCCAGGAAGAAGACAGAAGAAGAAGCAGGGAGGGAAGUCCAAACAGAGGAAAGCUGGAGACAUCAGAGCUACAACCCAUGCCCCUUCUCUUCCUCCUGCCAUGUCCUCUCCUCCUCCUCUUCUCCCAACAUCUCCUCCCACCACUUUCUCUCUUUUUCCCUCCCCGACUCCUCACUGCCAGCCCUGCAGAGGGAAGAAGUGGGCUCUGGAUGCGACGUCAUGUCAGUGCAGAUGCAUCGUGAGAGCUGAAAGCUGCAGCAGAAAAGGACAAGUGCUUAAUCUUCGCCGCUGCAAAUGUGAGCCAUAAGGACCUGAUGUGUCCACCUACUUGCUUUUCACCCCACCAACUUUCGCUCUUGAUCGCAGACUCUCAGCAUCAGUGUUGUGGACAUUACAGGCGGUUUAACAUCCGGUAUCCCAAACUGAAGGAAAUAUUAGUAGAAACACACACAAAGAACCUAUAACAGUGAAAUCAUUACUGCCUAAAUGUGUUCCAGAUAUACAUGUGUGCAAAUAUCUUUCCACUGCAUUGCUUCUCUAGAAAAACUCCAUGUAUGUGUGUGCAAUAUUAUGACAUCACAUGAGUGGAGGAUGAAACUCUGAAAGAGGAUUUGGAACAACCUCUGCAGGUGAACACACUUUGCUGUGGUUUCAGUAAUUCGAAUUUCUGUCACCUGUAUCCUGCAACAAGAGAGCAGUGGGAAGAAGAACAAAUAUACCCUACACAAACAACUUGGAUGAACGGGACUGACCCUGUACAGGUGUCCUACAUGUUGAUGUUUUAGUGGAAGUUGUGGUUAUUUGCUCUCAAGGAAACCACAUAAGGAUACCGAUUCCAGGUUUGAGCCAAGGCCAGAGGACCUGAGAAACAACAGCGUCAGUUUAUUGGUGGACAUGUGAUCUCUGAAACACCAGAAGGAUAUAGGACAUGCACACCAACUGGCACCCCAGUGUUUGUGGACCUAUAGUUGAGCUGAAUACUGCAAUGGAGCGCAUCUGUGUGGUCUCCUGGCUGAAAGACGCAGAUGGGUUAUCCCUGCACCCGUUCACUCUUAUUCAAAGUGUAUGACCACGGGCUGGCUCUCCAAGCCGCUUUUCCAGCAUUUGUUUAAUUUGAGCCUUUUGUGUCCGUCUUUCCUCAGCUCCUCGAUUGAAAGGAGCCGCUUUGCCUCUCUUUGCCUCCUUUUGCCUCUCUUUUAGGCAGUGAGGAGAAUGACAAUAAUGAGGCCUGGCGGUUCUCCACCGCUUCACACACAAACAUUCACACUUAUAAUACCAGUAACACAGUCAAGAAUAUAUAUACAGCCACUUACUCUGAUACGACACAUACACAUUCAUAUUUACAUACAUACAUGCAGUGCAAAAUGAAUGCAGGUAGCCAUAAGCUUUUGUUUGUGCAAAUUUACUUCACUUGUUUAUUUGCAAUUUACUGCAAAGUCUGCAUUAAGUAUUGUAUUAGAUGCCACUGUUUUAUAUUUUAUUAUAAUCCUGUUGAGUUGAUUGGAAAGUUAUUGCAGAAUAUAUUGCAGAAUGUGUCUUUGUUGUGUUUGUGUUCAUCUUUAAUCCGUCUGCAUAACGAGUCACGCUGGGUGGCCUGCUAAACCGAUACCCAAAUGUAUUGAAUUUAAACAGAAACGGCUUACAUGAGCCACAAAUGGGAGAUUCUAUACAUUACAAUGUGUAAUUCAAACAAUCAGUGGGGUGGUGUUGUGUGCAGCCCACAGAAACCAAACAAAUAGCCGUCCCCAGUGCAGUGAAAGGAAAACAUGGCUAUUGUUGUUGCAUGUUAGAGCCAGGAUGGAGAGUAUUAUUAUUUUGGAACAUAACUUGUUUAUAUUCUGAGUGAAUCUCACGGUUUUGCUUCGUGUUGCUUUAUGAUGGCUUGGCUGCUGGUUUGGAACAGGGAUUUAAACUGCGACUGCUUCCGAAAGGUUUAGUUAUUGAGAAGCUUGUCAGUCAAUUUGACAAGCUAAAGCAAGAGCUCAGAGGACCUGAAGUGGUAGGUCAGGGAGUUUAAACCCAGUUUUUACUCCUAUUCAAAGCCCGUCUGCUGUGCCAAAUUUGACUGAGAACAUUUUACCCGUGACGUCUUAGGGUUAGGAUUAGGGUUAGAAAAUGAGAAACAAUAGCUUGAAAAACUCCAUGAUUUAUGUUUGUACUCUCCCCUGGGAUCCAUAUGAUCUUGUCAAUUGAAGAAUAUUCACCCAGAAGCAGCGUGCAUUCCAGAUUGUGAAUAUUUAUGUGUCUGCUUUGAAGCCACAAAACUUUGUUUCAGUGGCUGCUGUGAUAAGCUUUGUAUUUAUACUCUCCAGAGAUGAGAUUUUUUUUUUUUCAUGCUCAUUGUGUUUAUAGCUGUCAAUCAAUGCUUCAAUCACUACCUCUUUAUUGUAACAUACUAAUGACGAAGUAUUAGAACAUUAUUGUUACUUUCUCUAUGUUAGAUCAGACAAUACCACAUUUGACUAUAAUCACAGUCUCCAGUAUUGAGACUGAUUAUCGUUGGUUUAAAGGACGUUUUCUGAAGGGAAGAACUUUUAUUGAUAGGAGAGCUGAACUGGUCCUCUGAGUACAGACCAGACACUGUGUGAUGAUGUGGAAAAUGAGAGGGUUUCCCAAAGCUAUUAUAGCCUCAGACAAAUUGUGAUCAGUGUUGGCUUUUUUAGGGUAAUUUUGGGAAUUACACUCAUGACUUAUGUGAGAGGAUUGAUGCCAUUUUUGUACCUGUUGAAUGGUAAAUAUAAGAUAGUUUUGCUUAAAGAUCUGAGUCAGUGGAGGACUAGCUAAAGUAGUUCUGUCAGAGGUGCCACAAUCGACAUUAGAACACCUCACUUGCUGGCUUUUAGACAGAUUUCUAAAAUGCCCUUUAACCCCUUAAGACUGUUGGGCUAUUUCUUCAAAUUUCCACCUGAAAAAUCCCCAAAUAAUGGUCAACAACAGCUUUAGAACUGAUCCAUGAGGCCAAAGUGAUUAACCCUGGCUGCUGUGGAUAAGAGACUGUUUGGACAGUUUUUAAAUACCUUCUUGUCUCCGCCAAAGUGAGAUUUUUACUGCUGCUUAAUGAGCGUAAAUAACAGGCUCAGAACAAUGAGUCACUAAAGGCUGGAAUCUAUCCCAAAAGCAACUCUACCUAGUUUGGUGCAAGAAAAGAAACCCAACAAUGACUGCAUACACUUUUGUCCUAUUAUCACCAGACUGCCUCUUUUUCAUGACUGGUGUAAUAAUAAUGGAGGACAAAAAUGUAGCAUCAAAGGCCAGAAGCAGCAGGAUGUGAAAUAAGUCACUUUUAUUAAAUAAAAUCAAAGGCUCUGCAAAGAUCCUGAAAUAGAACAAUACAUAGUGGAGCAAGAUGGUUAAAUUGGUGUGGUGAACUAACAUCCAUACAGACAAAAAAAUGACAAUUACUGUAUCUAGGAAAAAACUAAGUUAUAAAUACUGAAUGAGGAAAUGACAAAAAGGUGUGUGUGGACAGAGUAGGGUAUUUAACAAAAACAUGUGUAGAGCAGGUGAUCAUAGGCAGCACAAACCAACAGGACUUAAGAAAAGAAAAAAAAAGACUGUUUAAUAUUCCAUUUAAAUGUCAAGCUGAAUUUUAAUAAUAGGUGUUCCUGGUGCAGGAACCUCCAAGGGGGAAAGGGUUAAAAGGAUAAAGGAUACUUUUGGAUAAAGCCAGCCUUGUUGUUUAGUCCUGUUUCCAGCCAAUGCAGCUGAACUGCAUAGUUAGAUGACAGAUGCGGGUGUGGUAUCAAUCCUCUCAUCUAAGAGUCCACAAGAAGGCACAAAAGUGUACUUCCGCUUUUUAAACUGUUCUUUUUAAGGACUUUUUUAAACUCACCUGUUCAUACAUUAAUCAUUUGCAUGAACUAAUAUGUUUUCUGGUUUUUGUUUCAUAAUAAUAGGGAACAAUGUCAUUUUGUGACCAGGGAAACGUAUGUUUUUGAGAAGCCUGUAAGUCUCGGAAGCCUGAACCUCAGUACAGAUUGCACUUGUGUUACAGAUUGCAGAACACAUAUAGUAGAUUAAUCCAUUGCAAAGAAAAUACAAUAAAAUGUGUAUCGAGGACAGAGCUGACUUAGCCUCCAUUCAUGCAGACGUGUGAUGCACAUUCCACUGAGAAGACUUGGAGCCUUGGUGGGUUGUAACUUUAACAUCUCAAAUGUUCUUAUUCUAAAGGAUCUAUUCUGAUCAGUGAAAAACAGCAACAGCGAAUUCUACUGAGAUGUAUGUUAUCUGUCCUGAUAUACAGUGUAGACAUGGUUAUAUCUUAUCCAAAUGUCCUGAUCCUAUGUGAGCAUCAAAAAUCAGUGUGCUUUGUAUCUGCACAGUCUACAUUGUACUGUCAAGGUAACCCUUCCAGCCUCCAGUGUCUUUGUAGCCAAUAGAUACCCAAUACUGAACUAUAUAACAUCUUAUUACAUGUAAUAUCCAACCAGUGUAAGAUGUAGUGUAUACUUUAGUAAUGUAUUUUUAACUUCAUUUAAUUGUUCCUCGCAAUGAAUCUCAUCUUUGCAAAUACAUUGUACUACAGUAGCCUAUGUAGAAAAAAAACACUCUUUUUUGCUGCUACACCAUUUGUGCCCUUUUAUGAUGUCUUUUUAGAAAACAAUGCAAGUUUAUGUUGUAUUAGCUUAUAAACACCAGUUAAUUGAUUUAAUGUCCACAUUUGAGUGUACUCUGCAUUGUCAAAUAUAUUCAAAAUUAUACCAGAAUACAACUGUGAUGUUACAGAUGUUAUUAAAGGAAAUGUCUAAUUUUUCAUAUAAA